CUCUAAUUCUCCGUUGUCUAGACGCCGACGCGAACUCCGACUCCGACUCCGACUCUGACUCUCUGCUGUCGUCUCCUCUAUUCAUUAACCGUGUAUUGAACGUAGAUACUCUCUAUUCGGCGUCUUGUUGUUGCAGGGCGGUUGCCUCUCCUCUGCCGUCUGAUUCUUGAGUAGCUGCAGCCUGCACUCCGAGGCAUUAACAUCCCUAGUCCAGUACAGUAUUAAGUAUCUUGAGUACUGCCCAAGUGCCCAUUCAACUAACUACUUGAGACAUGGCUAAACCUUCAAAGAAAUCCUUCAACAAGAAAUCAGACGACAGGCUUAAAACGUUUCAAAAACCAUCUAAAAAGCCUUUUAAACCGCAUCAAAAAUCUGACAGCAUUAUAUCUAAAGAUGCUCUACCAAUUCAGCUUGAAGACGAUGUCCCUGACUUCCCCAGAGGUGGGCAAAGUUCACUCAGUAGGGCAGAGGUAGAUAAAGUUCGCUCAGAGGUUGACAAAGAAUUUGAAACAGAGACUAUAGUUUUGAAGAAGAAGAGAAAAGAGAAAAUGAAAAAGAUGAGUCAAUCGACUGAUGAUGACUUGGGCUCACUUUUUGGUGAUGGAAAGGCUGGGAAAUCGCCUAGGUUUGCUAACAAGAUCACUUUGAAGAAUCUUACUGCUGGAAUGAAGCUGUGGGGUAUAAUCACUGAAGUGAAUGAGAAAGAUCUUGUAGUCAGUCUUCCAGGGGGCCUUUGUGGUUUAGUUCGUGCUUCUGAAGCAAUAGAUCCUUCUUUACAUGAUGAAGUGAAAGGGGAUACAGAAGAUGAUGUUCUUUCUACCAUAUAUACCGUUGGCCAACUGGUUUCAUGCAUAGUACUGCAAUUAGAUGAUGAUAAGAAAGAGAAAGGGAAGCGCAAGAUUUGGCUCUCUCUGCGUCUUGCUUUGUUGCAUAGUAGCUUCACCUUGGAUAUUCUUCAAGAAGGGAUGGUCAUUAAUGCAUAUGUGAAAAGCAUUGAAGACCAUGGCUACAUGCUUCAUUUUGGAGUAACUUCAUUUACUGGUUUUAUGCAAAAUAGCAGCAACGAUGCAGGAAGCAGGGGCACACAAAUGGUUGUUGGGAGCCUCGUUCAAGGAGUUGUAAAGAGUAUCGAUAGAACUCGCAAAGUUGUUUAUCUUAGUUCUGAUGCUGAGGAGGUGGUCAAACAUGUGACAAAGGAUCUUAAAGGCAUUCCUUUUAAUCUGCUUAUUCCUGGUAUGAUGGUUAAUGCUAGUGUGCGCUCAACCCUCGAAAAUGGCAUCAUGCUGUCCUUCCUCACCUUCUUCACGGGAACUGUCGAUAUAUUUCAUUUGGGAAAAACUCUUCCCACUUCAAAGUGGAAAGACGAGUACACUCAAAACAAAAAGGUUAAUGCUCGGAUUUUGUUCAUUGACCCCUCAACCAGAGCUGUUGGUUUGACCAUGAAUCCCCAUCUUGUUCAUAACAAUGCUCCACCUUCACUUGUCAAAAUUGGAGAUAUAUUCGAUGAUUCAAAAGUGGUUCGAGUUGAUAGAGGAUCUGGCCUGCUGCUGGAAAUCCCUACUGCUCCAAUUCCAACUCCUGCAUAUGUUAGUGUGUCCGAUUUGUCUGACAAGGAAGUCCGGAAAUGGGAAAAAAGCUUCAAGGAAGGAAGUGUGGUUCGUGUAAGGGUUUUUGGAUUCCGGAUUUUGGAGGGGGUUGCCACUGGUGUUUUAAAGACUAGUGCAUUUGAAGGCUCUGUUUUCACUCACUCUGAUGUCAGACCUGGAAUGGUGAUGAAGGCCAAAGUUAUUAUUGUUGAUAGUUUUGGUGCAAUUGUUCAAUUUGCUAGUGGUGUGAAGGCACUCUGCCCUCUUCGUCAUAUGUCGGAAUUUGAAAUUGUAAAACCUAGAAAAAAGUUCCAGGUUGGCGCUGAAUUGGUUUUUCGUGUGCUUGGUUGCAAGUCCAAAAGAAUUACCGUCACACACAAGAAAACACUUGUAAAAUCGAAGCUUCCGGUUCUUAGCUCAUAUACCGAUGCAACCGAAGGGUUGUUGACUCAUGGAUGGAUCACAAAAAUUGAGAGCCAUGGUUGUUUUGUUCGGUUUUACAAUGGCGUGCAAGGAUUUGCCCCCAGAGCUGAGCUUGGUCUAGAUCCGGGAUCCGAUGUGAGUUCAAUGUAUCAUGUUGAGCAAGUCGCCAAAUGCAGAGUUACAAGUUCAGUUCCUGCUUCAAGGAGGAUCAACCUUAGUUUCCUGGCAACGCCUGCAAGGACAUCUGAAGACGACACGAUCAAACUUGGGAGUCUUGUAUCAGGUACUGUUGAACGAGUAACUCCUCAUGGGAUAAUAGUUGAUGUCGGUGUUAAGGGUUACAUGAAGGGCAUGAUUUCUUUUGAACAUCUGGCAGACAACCAUGGGCUUGCUUCUAAAAUGGAGUCAGUAUUGAAGCCAGGAUACAAGUUUGAAAAACUUUUGGUUCUAGAUGUUGAGAACAAAAACUUGAUACUAACUGCGAAAUAUUCUCUUGUUAUUGCGGCUCAGCAAUUGCCUGCAGAUGCCAGUCAAGUUUAUGCGCAUUCAGUGGUCCAUGGUUAUAUCUGUAAUGUCAUUGACACUGGUUGUUUUGUGCGCUUCAUUGGGCGUUUAACUGGUUUUGCUCCAAAAAACAAGGCUGUUGAUGACCAUAGAGCUGAUCUUUCUAAAGUCUUUUAUGUUGGACAGUCUGUUCGUAGUAACAUACUGGAUGUUAAUAGUGAAACAGGUAGGAUAACACUAUCCCUGAAGCAGUCGUUGUGCUCUUCGGUUGAUGCAUCUUUCAUUCAAGAAUACUUCCUCUUGGAGGAAAAGAUUGCCAAGCUUCAGUAUUCUUGUUCAAAGCCUUCUAGCCUGAAAUGGGUCAAAGAGUUCCCUAUUGGUAAUUUGAUUGAGGGAACGGUCCAUGAAGAAAAGGAAUCUGGAUUUGUUAUCAGCUUUCAGAAGUACAAUGAUGUUUUUGGGUUUAUCACACAUCACCAACUUGGUCGAUCAACUGUAGAUAUUGGUAAAACUGUCAAAGCCGUAAUUCUUGAUGUAGCCAAGAUGGAUCAUCUUGUGUAUUUGUCCUUGAAGCCAGAGUUCGUUAACAGAUGCGUGGAGAACUCUGAUUCCUGCACUCCCAAAAAGAUGCGCAAAAGGUCAGCUCACAAGGAUUUGGAGGUGCAUCAAACUGUAAAUGCAGUAGUGGAAGUUGUCCAGGAGAAUUAUUUGGUUCUUUCUAUUCCGGAUGCUAAAUUUGCACUGGGAUAUGCAUCUCUAAGUGACUACAAUACCCAAACAUUGCAACCAAAACAAUUUGUUAACGGACAAAGGGUGAGUGCAUCUGUUGUGGCUCUUCCAGACUCUUCCACAGCAGAAAGGCUACUGUUGCUGCUUAAAUCUAACAGUGAGGUUGAUACCUCCAGCGCAAAGAGGGCGAAAAAGAAGUCUAGCUAUGAUGUUGGUUCUGCUGUCCAGGCAGAGGUUACAGAAAUAAAGCCUCUUGAGCUUAGAUUGAAAUUUGGUUCAGGUUUACGUGGGCGAAUACAUAUCACAGAGGCAAGCGAUGGUAAUAUUGUAGAGGACCCAUUUGGUAACUUCAAAAUUGGGCAGACACUGACAGCAAGGAUUGUGUCAAAAGCUAAGGUUGAAAAUAGUAAUAACUUCCGGUGGGACUUGUCAAUCAAACCCUCAGUUCUUGCAGACCAAGCAGAUGUUCACACAGCAGUAGAAUUCAGUUAUUCAAUUGGUCAAAGUGUAACCGGGUUUGUGUAUAAAGUGGAUAAAGAUUGGGCCUGGUUGGCAGUAACUCGAGAUGUACGGGCGCAGCUAUAUAUUCUUGACAGUGCAUGUAACCCUUCUGAGCUUCACGAUUUCCAAAAUCGGUUUCAUAUAGGAAAACCUAUCUCCGGCUAUAUUCUAAGUACUAGUAAAGAGAAAAGACUGUUGAGGUUACUAUUACAUCCAGUAGCUGGUGGGCUACUUUCUAAUGGUGCUUCCAUGACAGAUGAUUUAGUCAGUCUCUCGAGUGAAACUGUCACAUCUCAUAUUUGUGAAGGUGCUGUUGUUGGUGGCAGAAUUUCUAAAAUACUGCCAGGUGUUGGUGGCUUGAUUGUGCAAAUUGAUCCACACCUCUCGGGUAAGGUUCAUUAUACUGAACUAGCAGAUUCAUGGAUAUCCAAUCCGUUGUCUAGCUAUCAUGAAGGGCAGUUUGUCAAAUGCAAAGUACUCGACAUUGGCCAUUCUGGGACAGGCACUGUUCAUGUUGAUUUGUCUUUGCGCUCAUCUUUAGUUGGGAUCGAUGAGAACUCUAAAGAACUGCAGUCAUAUGUGAAAUCUUGCAGUAAUCGUUAUGAAAAGAUUGAGGAUCUUCAUCCUGAUAUGGCUGUAGAGGGUUAUGUUAAGAACAUCACACCAAAGGGAUGUUUCAUUAUGCUUUCUAGGAAGCUUGAUGCAAAAAUACUGAUCUCAAACUUGUCCGAUGACUAUGUCUCAAAACCCGAAGAAGAGUUCCCUAUUGGCAAACUUGUAAAUGGCAGGGUGGUUUCGUUGGAGCCUCUAUCAAAGCGAAUUGAAGUCAGUCUUCGGAAAACAAGUGGUACAAAGGUACCAAAAUCUGACAAGGGUGGCUUCAGUAGUCUCAAUGUUGGAGAAAUUAUAUCUGGAAGGGUGAAGCGUAUUGAGCCGUAUGGCUUAUUUAUCGCAAUUGAUCAAUCCAAGUUGGUUGGACUGUGCCAUGUCUCUGAGCUCCCUGAGGAUCGUAUGGACAACAUCGAAACAAAGUACAAAAUCCGGGAGAAAGUUAAGGCCAAGAUCUUGAAGGUUGAUGAAGAAAGACAACGAAUCUCUUUAGGAAUGAAGGGAUCAUAUUUUGAUACGAAUACAGAUGCUGGAGCACCUGCAGAUGAUGGUUCUGACGCACUCGAUGAGGAUGAUUCUGAAUUAAGCGAUCAAAACCCUAAUGAGUUCCAGGAGCCGCUCUUUCCGUUUGAGAAUGGGAAGCAUCCAGUAUUAGCUGAAGUGGAAUCCAGGGCUGCCGUCCUUCCACUUGAUGUUCCUUUGGAUGAAACAGACGACUCACCUGUGAAUGAUGUAGUUGCUCAAAGUCCAGAGCCGCUUGAUAACAAAAGUGAGACAAAUGAAAACAAAAAUAGGCGCACCAAGAAGAAAGAGAUGGAAGAAAGAGAGCGAGAGAUUAGGGCUGCUGAGGAAAGACUAUUGCAGGAAGAUGUACCGAGAACUGCUGAUGACUUUGAAAAGUUGAUCAGAAACUCUCCCAAUAGCAGCUUUAUCUGGAUAAAGUACAUGGCAUUUUUGCUCUCUUUGAAUGAAGUUGAGAAGGCUCGAUCAAUGGCUGAGAGGGCUUUGAGGACAAUCAAUAUCAGAGAAGAGGCAGAGAAGCUAAAUGUCUGGGUUGCUUACUUUAAUUUAGAGAAUGAAUAUGGAAACCCUCCAGAGGAUGCCGUCUUAAAAGUUUUUCAAAGAGCAUUGCAGUAUUGUGACCCCAAAAAGGUCCACUUUGCACUAUUAGGGAUGUACGAGAGGACUGAGCAACACAAAUUGGCUGACGAGCUUCUCGAAAAGAUGAUCAAGAAGUUUAAGCAUUCAUGCAAGGUUUGGUUAAGGCGGAUUCAGAGAGUAUUAAAGCAAAAGGAGGAUCUGGUCCAAUCUGUUGUGAAACGGGCUCUCAUAUGCCUUCCCAAACACAAGCAUAUUAAGUUUAUCACACAGACAGCAAUUUCCGAGUUCAAGACUGGAGUUCCUGAUAGAGGAAGGUCAAUGUUCGAAGGAAUGCUUCGCGAGUACCCAAAAAGAACCGAUUUGUGGAGUGUUUACCUGGACCAAGAGAUUCGGCUUGGAGACGUGGAUGUGAUCCGUUCUUUAUUUGAGAGAACCAUAUGCUUAGAGCUGCCACUUAAGAAGAUGAAGUUCUUAUUUAAAAAAUAUCUUGAAUUUGAGAAGUCAUAUGGCGAUGAAGAAAGAACCGAGUACGUUAAGGCAGAGGCCCUGAAAUAUCUUGAGAAAGCCCGUCCUUAAUGAGGAGUGAUUAGCCCUGCAGCAUCUCCGAACCUGGAAAUGAGUGUUGUCCAUCCAAUAAACAUUCAAGAAUCUUGACACAUUCGAGAUUGCUAAACCAGAUUUCCAGGAUCACCAUUGGCUGAGAUUUUUUGUUAUCGACUAGCGAAUCGAGUUUAUGCCGAUCAAGGGAAGGGGAAUUUUGCAGUAUACAGAGAUUGAUGAAAAGGCUGGAUGGAGGCAAAGAAAAAGAUACUUUUGAAGUUUAUAUAUAUAUGUGGGUCUUAAUAUUUGGGUUAUUUUUAAUAGUAAUUUAGAAGUCCAUAAAGAAUGGCAUUUUUGUACACUUUUUAGCCUUUGUGUAUCAUGUUGUUCUUGUAUCAAUUAAGUGCAUCUUGCAAUU